AUGAAUCACUUCGACUUGGCCCUGCCCGGCCUCGACCAGGACCUCGCCGGCCUCGACGAGAGCGCCCAGUACGACAUCUUCCAGGACUGGGACGUCUUGAACGAGUUUGCGCUUCUCGGACAGCAGCUCGAGGGCCAGCACGCCCACACCCCCGCCGAGGAGCCGCCGUCGGCCGAUCUUGGGCCCGAUGCUGUUGGCCCUGUUGCCGCUGACGACAAGGAGGCCCUCGAGACGGCCCUGUUUCGGACCGGCGCGUCCAUACCGUACUUUCCGAGCCCGCCCGUCACGACGCCGUCCGACACGGCCGGCGCGCGCCCGGGCUUCCCGCAGAGCGCCGUGCGCCUCCUCCGCCAGUGGAUGGCGGCCAACAGCCACUACCCGUACCCCGCGCGCGAGGACAAGGAGAUGCUCAGCACCAUGACGGGCCUCAGCCAGACGCAAAUCAUCAACUGGUUCGCCAAUGCGCGCCGGCGCGCCAAGAUGGCCGCGCCGCUGCGCCCGCCCGCGUCCACGAUGGAGGCCAUGUCCCCCAUGGACAUUCCGGCGCGCCGCGCCACGCCCGGCAUCCUGGAAGGCCUGAACCCGAUGCAGCGCUGGGAGAACUCGCCGCCGGAUAACGAGCCGGCUGACGUGGCGGCCAUUCUGGGCGCGGUCAAGGCGGCUCGCAUUCCCGCCUCGCCGAGUGAGCGCUCCUGUCUCACGCCUGCAUCGCGGUACUCGGACGACAGCUCCAGCGUCGGCUUCAGUAACGGCUCCUCCUUUGGAAGGUACGACGCGCCGUCGAGCGAGGGUUCCGUUCGGUCGGCCCGUUCCUCUCAGGGCGGCGUCUCCCUGUCGCCCUUUCCAGACAACCACUCGGCGCGGCGCAGGCGCCGUCGCAAGCGCACCGGCCUGCCCACGCACACGGCGUAUCCCAUAACCACGCGCGGCGCGUUCCAGUGCACCUUUUGCGCCGAAGACUUUCAGACAAACUGGGGCGCGCGUGUUGACCACCUUGCGAUGCACUUUAAGAACGGGGCCACAAUGGAGCAUUGGACGGGAGAUUGGGGCUUUGACGAAGCUGUCCUUCGCACGGUAGAGAACUCGAUACCACCAUAUUUGAUCCAUCUCGAGAAGAUAUCACCGCUGCCAUAUGUGGCAAGCAGCGUUUCUCCAUGGACACCAAAUAGCCCUUACGAACUGCUCAAUAUGGAACUGGAAUACUGGAUAGUAAAUUCUACCGACGACACUGGGAGCCCUCCGACUGACACGGAGAUUCAACUUGAAGCAUGCCGCAUCAUUCGCAGUGCUGAUAUCCUAUCUAUGGAUCCUACUACGACAGCCGGCUCGUGGCUGCGUGACCUCGUGAUGUCUUGCGAGGAAAUCACCCGCGACGCCAUGUUCCAGUCUGUCCGCGGCCAGGAGGAAAACCGCAUGUCGGCACUGCGCAUCAACGGAAAGGACAACAUCUUCCAGGACUGUACUUUUGAAAGCGAACUGCGGCAGUUUACUCUCUCUCUGCCCCUGGGCGGCAAAGAGGUCGCUAAUUGGGAGCUCCAGGUGGAAGCGGAUCGCAUCUUGCGGCGAGCCCAGCAAAUAUCCAUUUCAAGCAAAGAGAAUGUCUUGAAUUGGCUACUCCGUCUGACCUACAAUUCCACCGACUGGCUAGUCGACUUUCGCAAGCGGCUCUUCCAAGCCGUGGAACAGGGCGAAGAGGCUGCCGAGGUCAGCCCAGCCGCAGCCGGCGACACGUCCAUGCUCGAUGCCCAGACGACCAGCACCGACUCCCCCAUGGGAACAGACCCCGAUUCGACGCUGCAAGAUCCGACAAAAGAACGCCAAAGAGCGGCCGCGGCGCGACGAAGGGGCUUUUACGAUUUGAACGAUGCAAAUGGAUAUCGCCGGCUGGCGCGCGGUCUUGCGCGCUUCGUGGCGUCGUCCAUGUCGGACUGCAACCCGAACAAGCAUAUCCCGAGCGACGAGGAGAUUCAGCAACAAGCCCGGUGGCUCGAGUACGGCGAAGGCGAUCCGUGGAAUCAGACGGCGGCAGACCUUCCUGACUGGCUCGAGCGAUUCAAGCGUGAUAUUGGGUUGCUGCCCCGAGAUACGGGGCCGGGACUGGGACUGAUCAAGCGCAAAACUUAG